AUGCCUACAAACAUACAAGGGGAAGAAGUCAUAAUACCUCCUAAAGAUGAAGAAGAAAUAUUAUUGGAGAAAUUGGUGUUUGGAGAUGCAGCAGGAUUUGAGAACAAUUUGAAAAAGUUAGACAAUUUGUAUGAUUAUUCAUCAGAUGAGGACGAAGAGGUAGAUGAGAAUUUGAAUGACCAGGAAGGCGGUCUGGAGAACGCAUCAGAUAUCGAAGAUUUGCAAGAUGAAGAUUUAUUUUUUAUUGAUGAUGGAAAUAAUGAAGAACAUCAUGAUGUUGAUGAUAUGGAAAUAGAUGAGGAGCAAGACGAGGAAGAGGAUCUUGAUCAGGAUUCAGAUAAUGCAUGGGAGGAUAGCGAUGAUGAAAAAAUCAACAUCUCUCUAUUAACCUCAGAUAAAUUAAAAAAAUUGAGGAAAACACCACAGGAUUCAGUUAUAUCUGGCAAGUCAUAUAUUGUUAGAUUGAGAUCCCAAUUUGAAAAGAUAUACCCAAGACCUCAAUGGAUAGAGGAUAUAGAAGACAACAGUGAUGAGGAGAAGGAAUUGUCGGAUGUUGACAUUGACAAUGAAGAUGAGGAAGGACGAUUAGGGUCAACAACUGCAUUAUUAAAUAUUUUGUCAAGCACAGAAAAAUUUAUAAAUACAAAACAAUUGAAGCUAAUUUCUGCCAAUAAAAUAUCUAUAACAAGAUUGAAAGAUGCAAACUAUAAAAGAAUUGGGAAAUCGGGUAUCCAAACAAUUGAUUUCCAUCCAAACUACCCAAUUUUGCUAACAGGUGGGUUUGAUAAAACCAUUCGAAUCUAUCAAAUUGACGGGAAAUCAAACAACUUUAUUACUUCAUAUUUUUUGAAAAACUGUCCAAUAAUGCAAGCUAGCUUCUAUCCACAGUUGUCAAGUAAAUCUGGCGAUGAUGCCAAAAACAGUAACUUAAUAUAUGCCAGUGGCCGAAGAAGAUACAUGAAUAAAAUUAAUUUAUCAACUGGAGAAAUAGAGAAAAUCAGCCGAUUAUAUGGGCAUGAGCAAACACAGAAAUCGUUUGAGUACUUUAAAAUAAGUCCCCGAGGUACAUACAUUGGAUUAACUGGUAACAAUGGGUGGUGCAAUCUAUUAAAUGCCCAAACCGGACAUUGGAUUCAUGGAUUUAAAAUUGAAGGGACAAUAGUUGAUUUUGCAUUUGCCAACGAUGAAUCCUUUAUUAUGAUUAUAAAUUCCGCUGGUGAAGUGUGGGAGUUUGCUCUUGAAGGGAAAAUCACUUCCAAAACCCCUAAUAAGAUCAUUCGGAAAUGGUAUGAUGAUGGUGGUGUAGGAAUUACCAAGUUACAAAUUGGUGGUAAAAACAAUCGUUGGGUUGCUAUUGGUAAUAAUAAUGGGAUAGUCAACAUUUAUGAUCGAUUGGGAUUCAUUCCCGAAACGGCUCAUCCCAAGCCAAUCAAAACAGUGGAAAACUUAAUCACAUCAAUAUCGUCGUUGGUGUUCAACCCUGACGGACAAUUGUUAUGUAUUGCAUCAAGAGCCAAACGUGAUGCUUUAAGGUUGGUGCACUUACCAAGUGGUUCUGUCUACAGCAACUGGCCAACCAGUGGUACUCCAUUAGGUAAAGUUACAAGCAUUGCAUUCUCGCCAAAUAACGAAAUGUUGGCCAUUGGAAACCAAUCUGGUAAAGUAACCUUGUGGCGUUUGAACCAUUAUUAA